GCCUUCAUUCUGUCACUUUCAAUCGUCGGGAUCGGUCGCGUAUCAGAGUUCGUCUUCCGCAAGAUUUUUUUCUUCGUUCUUCCAUCAUAAAUUCCUACCGAGCAAAAAUGCACUGAAAUUGUGCAUUUCUGGUGGACUUUCUGCGCGUUCGAUCGGCGUUAGUGUCUCGAAAUAUUUUUAAAGAAGAAAGUGCCUUUACUAUCAAGCAGAUUGGAUCGAGAUUUCGUGUGCGAGUUCGAUUCGAUAACCGCACCACGAUGACAAUAUUAAUAAGCAGAAAACGACCGCUCGCGGUGACCCUGGCUGCGACCUUUCUGUUAUGCGCGAUCACCCUCACAGCCGCCCAAUCAUCGUCCCAAUUAACGUGUCCGGGCAAAACGACCUGCCGCGAGUGCAUCCAGACCAGCAACUGUCGGUGGUGCACUCAGGCCAACUUCACCAAGCCGCGAUGCCACGGUCACGACGUCGGGUACUGCCCGGAGGAGUACACUGUGGACCCGAGCAACGAAGCGAUCACGCUGAUCGCCAGGGAACUCAGCAAACCAACCAAAGUGGGUGGAGCCGGCGGUGGCUACGAAGCGGAGAUGUCCGGUAGUUCGCACUGGUCAUCGUCCUCAUCGUCUCACUCCAGCUCGUCGUCAUCCUCGUCCUCGUCCGGAAGCAUGAGCGCCAGUGGACAGAGCAUUGUGCAAAUCUACCCGCAGAGGGUGCAACUGAAGUUGCGAUUGAACGAAGUCUACCGAUUAGGCGUCAAGUACUCGCAAGCCGAGGACUACCCCGUCGAUCUGUACUACCUCAUGGAUCUGUCCAAGUCCAUGGAGGACGACAAGGAGAAGCUGUCCUUGCUCGGAGCCCAGCUGGCCGAGGAGAUGCAGAAGAUUACGUCCAACUUCCGACUCGGGUUCGGUUCAUUCGUCGACAAGGUCCUGAUGCCGUACGUUUCAACCGUGCCGAAGAAAUUGCAAAAUCCAUGCGACGGUUGCGAAGCCCCGUACGGUUACAAGAACCACAUGUCGCUGAGCGUCGACACCGGUCGGUUUUCCGAAGAGGUCGAGCGGGCAGCCGUGUCCGGUAACCUGGACGCCCCCGAAGGAGGCUUCGACGCGAUCAUGCAAGCCGUGGUCUGCCGUGAUCAGAUCGGUUGGCGCGAGAUGGCCCGUCGCCUGUUGGUGUUCUCGACCGAUGCCGGCUUCCACUACGCUGGCGAUGGCAAACUGGGCGGUGUGAUCACGCCGAACGAUGGCGAGUGCCACCUGGACAAACGCGGAAUGUACACGCACUCGACCAUACACGACUAUCCGAGCAUCUCGCAGAUCAACCUGAAGGUGAAGCAGAACGCGAUCAACGUGAUCUUCGCGGUGACGCAGAACGAGCUGUCCGUGUACGAUCGUUUGUCGAAGUUAGUGGAGGGUUCGUCGGCUGCUAUGUUGUCAAACGAUUCGUCCAACAUCGUGUCGCUGGUUCGGGAUGAGUACAAUAAAAUUUCUUCAUCCGUGGAGAUGAAGGACAACCGUACGGACAGCCUCAUUGACGUUAAGUACUACUCCCGUUGCAAGGGUGAUGGCCCGCUGGUACAAACGAGCAAGUGCGACGGCCUUAAGGUCGGAGAUAUCGUCAACUUUGAAGCCCACAUCACUCUGUUGAAGUGCCCGGAGAACCCACGGGACUGGAACCAGAUACUGCAGAUCUACCCAGUUGGUAUCAACGAGAGCUUGACAGUGGACAUCGAGAUGCUGUGUAGUUGUCCUUGCGAGCUGCCAGGAAAUCCUGACUACAAGGAGUAUGCCGAGGAGUGCAGCGGAGUAGGCACGUACAAGUGCGGAAUCUGUGACUGUGACGAGUUCCACCAUGGCCACAAGUGCGAGUGUUCGGCUACGGACAUCCACACGGAGUCGGGUUUCGCGGAGAACUGUCGACAGACAAAUACGUCCAUUGAGUGCAGCGGGCGUGGACAAUGCGUCUGUGGAGUGUGCGACUGUGACAAAAGGGUAAACCCUGAAGAGGUUAUCUCCGGCACGUUCUGCGAGUGUGACAACUUUUCUUGCGAUCGUCACAAUGGUUUACUGUGCUCUGGACCAAAACAAGGCGUCUGCUCCUGUGGAGAAUGUAUCUGUGCCGAAGGCUGGACAGGCGCAGCUUGCGAUUGUAAGGCAACAAACGAAACUUGUAUUCCGCCUUCCGGUGGAGAGAUCUGUUCCGGUCAUGGAACUUGCGAAUGUGGCGGCUGCAGAUGUAAGAUAACUGAAGAAGGUCGUUACUCAGGUCGCUUCUGCGAGAAGUGUCCAACCUGUUCGGGGCGGUGUAACGAGUUCAAGCACUGCGUUCAAUGCCAGCAGUACAAAACGGGUCCGCUGGCUGACCCGGCAGACUGUGCUUCCAACUGUACCCUGUUUGUGCCGAUUCCGGUUCAGAAGGUGGAGAUCGACGAAGAGAAAGACGAUAACAAAUGCACCUUCUUUGACGAAGAUGACUGCCGAUACGAAUUCUCGUAUAACGACAGUGGAGAACAGAUCGUCGUAAAGGCACAAGAAGAGCGGGAAUGUCCUCCGAAAGUUUUCAUGUUAGGGAUUGUGUUAGCUGUGAUCGCUGCCGUUGUCCUGAUUGGGCUGGCGGUUCUCCUAUUGUGGAAGCUGUUAACCACAAUUCACGAUCGACGGGAGUUUGCACGCUUCGAGAAGGAGCGAAUGAUGGCCAAGUGGGAUACGGGCGAGAAUCCAAUCUACAAACAAGCGACAACUACUUUCAAAAAUCCAACAUAUGCAGGCAAGUAAAUGGAAACCAAAACAAACAAGUGCCUGGAAGUUUUUAGCCGACAAAGUUGGUCAAGAUAUACAACGCCAUUUUUCCGAACAUUUUGGAAAGCAAGCGUAAUAUUGUCGGUCAAAUAACAUAUACUAGUCUGUAACCCCUCUUCCUAAAAUGCUACUUUCUCCAAUGAAACUCACUUUUAUUGGUGCCGACAGAGUCAGGCGAAUCAGUCAACAACUUGCAAGAAAUUUGGAUCUAAUUUAACUUUUCUUUUUAAUUGAAUCGCCAAUUGUUCGCCAUACUGACGAAGGCAAACUAACUUAUUGCAAUCAUUGCAAAAAGCCUUAAAACACGUGUGAAUUAGGAAACCGCCUUUUGCUGCUGAAGUAGAUUGUAGGCAUCCAACAUCAUAAAGACUAAUGACAAAUCUUAGGUACGUAAACAAUGAGACAACUGCUUUGAAUGCAAUCUACGGUAACGCAUAUAUACAAUCAAAAGUGUACUUAUUCGCGCGUAAUGCUUCCUCAAAAGGAGUGAAACAGAUCAUUUUAAUACAAGCCAAAAGUCUACGAAGCAAUAAACAAUUGAGCCUAUACGCCCAAUAAGCCAGAUAUAGAAAGAUAGUGUAGUUCUUCGCAUGGAUCGACAUGUGCUGCCAUCUUUAUUAUAACAAUCGAAACCAUCGGGAGUUUUGACGUCCCAGCGUUACACGACAGGUCUCUCCGUAUAAAAGAGAACGGGAUAUGUUUUAUAACGAGAAUUAUUUUUAAUAUAUACGUUUUUAUAGAUAAUUUUUAAACCGGAUUUGUAUUAACAAAAAACAAAAAAAAACAUCUGUCAAAGUUUCAAAGGUAAAGUAACGCACACCUAACGAGCGUUACGAACAUUUAUUUAUAGUUUUUUAACGUGUGUUUGUGAAUAUCCAUUUUUGAUUAACAUUAUUCAUCAAAAACUGAUCAUUUAUUUCGACAUUCUAGUUCAAAUAUUCAUGUAAAUAAUUUAUUUUCUUUUUUAAAAUUUAUUGAGAGAUUUCAUAUAUAUUGGUAAAAAGCCAAAAGCAACGUAUUAACAAGUCGAUCUACAAAACGAUAAUAUUUAGUGAAAUUGAAAUUUGUAUGGUAAACGACGCGAAUAGGUGUCGAAUAAAUGUAUUGAAAUAGAGCUAAUUCUUAACGGUA